AUGGCAUCCAGGCACUUUGCUAAAGCUCAGGCAGCAAAAGAUACUCACUCUCUCUGCCUUGACCUCACCGUCAAAUCUCAGUCUGGACCCGGACACCCUUGGUAUGAAGUGCAGGCCUCAGUGGGCAAAAAGCCUGUCUUUCAGUAUGACAGUGACAGCAGCAAGAUGAAACCUUUGGGUCUCCUGGGGGCGAAAGUAAAUGCCACCAAAGCAUGGACAGAAUUGACCCAGACGCUGGGAGAGGUGGGGCAAGAGCUCAGGAUGAUCGUGUCUGACAUCAAACUGGAGAACAGCGUGACCAGGGGUCCCCCCACCCUGCACAUCCAGCUGUCUUGUCAGUGUGAAGCAGAACGAGGCACCGCUGCGUCCUGGCACUUCAACAUCAACGGGCAGCCAGCCCUCCUCUUUGACGCGAUGAACAUGACCUGGACAGUCACGAGUCCUGGAACCAGAGGCGUCAAGGAGGAGUGGGAGAACAAGGGACUGGCAGACUAUUUCAGGAGGAUCUCAAUGGGAGACUGCCGUCACUGGCUUAGGGAAUUCUUAGAACACUGGGAGAAAGUGCCAGAGCCCCCAGGUAACUGAACAGGGGGAGGAGGAUGCAGUACAUCUCUUUAAAGGUCUAAUGCCUUCCCUGUGUGGAUAGGGCAUGUGUGUGCAAUUAAAGAUGGGAAGGAUCCAUCGACUGACUGGCCUCUUGGUGGACUGGAGAGUCAGUGACUGCCACAGGACCU